AUGCCUCUUGUCUGCAAUCCCAAAACCCCACCAGCAGCGUUCGCCAAGACCCUAACGGCUCAGCGCGCCGCUUGUCGCUCGUUAGUGGUCGAUUGCAGUUUGCCUUCCCGCGCUCGAUCAGCGCGAGGCGCACUUCAGAACGGGAAAUCAUGGAAUUGCAUACUCACCAUAACGUUUAGAUCGCGGGCUGCUUGGGUUGGAAAUGUCGACGAAGGUACCAAAGAUGUAUCGAACGAGAAUGACCUUGACUCUCUUUCCGGCACCAUUUCUGAACAGAAGUUGCUGUUCGAUAUUGCCCCUGGCGCUCACAAUACUGGAAUGUCUGAGAAGGAGAUUCGUAUGGCCAACGUAGAUUCGAACGCAUGUGCUAAAGAGUACACGAGUGACAUCUUUGCACACCUUCAAGACGUCGAGAAGCGCUACAUGCCGGAUGCUAGAUACAUGGAAACAGUUCAAAGCGAUGUGAACUCUGCGAUGAGGGGCAUCCUUGUGGACUGGCUUGUCGAAGUCGCCGACGAGUACAAGCUGUCAUCGGAAACACUAUUUCUGACGGUUGCAUAUGUCGAUAGGUGCUUAGGCGUUUGUAUGGUUGCGAGAACUCAGCUCCAGUUGGUUGGGAUCACAUGUAUGCUUAUCGCAUCGAAGUACGAAGAAAUUUAUGCCCCCCAAGUCGACGAAUUCUGUUACAUCACAGACAACACCUAUUCUCGUGAACACGUGCUAUCGAUGGAAAGGAUGGUACUGAACGCACUUGAUUUCGAGCUGACUCAUCCAACGAGCAAAACUUUUCUUCGACGAUGCUUCUGGGCAUUCAAUAAUACUGAUACCAAAGUAGAGUUUCUUGCCAGCUUCCUUGCUGAAUUGGCACUUCUCGAGUACAGGCUCCUUCGGUUCUUGCCAUCCACAGUAGCCGCAGCUGCCAUUCAUCUUUCAUUGUUGACACUGCGGAUCGGUUCAGAUGUUGCCUCAGUCGUGCAGAACGCAACUGCACACAGCGAGGAUUUGAAAGGCUGUAUUGUAGAACUUCACGCAUGUCAUGUAUCAUCACAAAAGUCUUCGCUGUCGGCCGUGCGGGAGAAAUAUGCUCAAACGAGGUUCAAAUGCGUGUCUUUGAUAACGCCUCCUGAACUUCGGUUAUGA